CCACUAUUACGCAAAGCGUUUCGGGCAGAAAUUUGACCAUUCCCCCCCCCCCCCCAUCAACCACAACACACGCCUCAGGAGGAGGUCCUGGCACACAUGCUCACAUCUUAGACAACAACUCUCCACAUUUAAUAUAACUCUGAAGAUACAUAAUGGACAUAAUAUCACCUGAGGGCCUGCGUCAAGAUGGAAGAACACCUCUUUGUCUACGUACCAUCAGUUGCAGAUUAGGGCUUUAUGACAGACCUAAUGGCAGUGCAUAUAUUGAAAUGGGAAAUACAAAAGUUCUUGCAGCUGUAUAUGGACCUAGAGAGGUAAGAAGUGUCAGUAAGCAGCAGCUUGAUGAAUGUGUUAUCCAGUGUCAGAUGAGCCGCAUUGCUGCCAGUCAGGGAGAAAGGCUUAAACGUCCAAGGGAUCAAAAAACUCGGGCAACAGGUCAACAAAUUGCUGGCAUAUUUCAUGCAGCAAUACGAAAAAGCAAAUACCCUGGUUCACAGAUUGAUAUAUUUGUACAGGUUUUACAGGCAGAUGGAGGCGUGAUGUCAGCUUGCAUAAAUGCCUCUACUUUAGCCCUGAUCCAUGCAGGUGUAGAACUAGUAGACUAUGUGGCAUCAUGCACUGCCUCGAUUAACAAGCAAACUCCUCUUCUGGAUGUGACACAUCAGGAGAUCAUGACGGGCUGUGAAGUAUCUGUUUCCAUUCUGCCUAACAAAGGUUCCAUAGUGUCUCUGGAUACAUCACACACUGUACAUCAAGAUCAGUUUGAAUCUGUAUUAGACCUUGCUGUGAUUGGUUGUCAGCAAGUAUAUGAAGAGAUGCACAAAGAAGUUGAAAGUUAUUUAGAGGAUAAGCAUGCUAUAAUGUCACAUCGGUAAACACUUCAAACAAUUGUGAAAAAAAAACUUUAAAACCUUUAAAAAUAAAAGUUCUUAUAUU